AUGGAGAACCUCCCGUCAUUCGUCGACCUCAUGAACAGCCUCGGGCUCGAGGACAAGGUCGCGCCACUCCCCUCAUCCCGCCCGCGUCCGCGCCCACAUGGUUCUGGCCACCGCCGCGCAUUUUCUGACACCUCUUCGAGCGAACUCGAUGGCGACCUCGAGCUCCUCAGACGCCGCCGCUCGCCUAUGCUUCGCGCAUACUCCCCGAACCACCUUUUUGUCCCGCCCGCUGACCAGGAUAUCCGCCUUUCGCGCCACGGCAAAGAUCGGUACUCUCCAUACGGAUCUGUUUCCUUACGGAACCGAGUAAGCAUGCCGUCGCUGAACGAGCACGAAACCAACCCUCCGAAUCGGGCCACAUCAACAUCCCCGCUCCACUCUGUCGGUUGCGCGCGCCCGAUUCGCACCAGCUCCCGCGCUUCGCGUUCGCGGUCCGGUAGCCAGAGCAGCUGGACUGGCGAGACGUUGCAACCGAUAUCCGCAUACGCCCGUCGCAAGGCGCCACGCAGCCCUAGCGUCUCACCGACGGCACCGACUUUUCCCGCUGCGAUUCGCGAGCCAUUUGCGCCUGUCGCGAUCCCAGCGCUUCUAUCACCUCUCCUUUUCCAGCCACAGAGCACACCUGACGUGCGGGCUCUGCCCACGUUGUCCCCGUCCAGUAGCCGCUCGAGCCUUUCUGAGCGAGAUGAGCUGGAACCCAUGGAGGACGACACGAACCCGUCCAACCUCGCAAUCCCUCGUCUCCUCAUUGUGGAGUAG